AUGAACAGCACCCCAGGUCGUGACUAUAUAUCGCAGAUAGAGUGCCGACUUUUUUUUUCUUUUUUUCUGCGUAUUGUAAAGUUGAUUAGCUAUGGAAGCCGUAUUGCGUUAGGAUGA